AUGAAAGAAAUCAACAUCAUGGCCAUCGUGGAUGACCCGCCGUCUGGGUGGGGCUCAAAGCCUGAGGACCUCGAGUCCGAAGAUGACUGGGAGGCGGAGGAUAGUUUCGGACAAUAUCUGUGUAAACAGAUGAAUCUUGGGAGAGGCCGUCCAAUUAUGUGUCAUUGCACAGAUCAUGCCUACCUGUUUGAAGCCGGUGGAAAGUUCUACUUCUGGUAUUGCGUUGGUCUCGAUGUCUUCGAAAUCAUCUCUCCGACAACCCUGGAUGAGAUCAUUAAGACUAUGAAGGAAAAGGGAGAUGGGGCCGUGAAGACCAAGAGGCUUGUAUGA